AUGAUUCGGGGCAUAAACCCGAUAUAUCAGGCAUUACUUGCCGCCUCGUUCACAUGGGGAGUAACGGCGCUUGGAGCAUCGCUGGUUUUCGUUAUGCGUCAUCAAAGCAAAAAGUUACUGGACGUCUCGCUUGGAUUCGCCGCAGGUGUCAUGACAGCUGCUUCCUUCUGGUCCCUAUUAUCUCCUGCAAUAGAAAUCGCUGAAACGGAUCACGGGUCGUUCGCAUUCGUCCCAGUUGCCAUCGGUUUUGCCGUCGGCGCGAUUUUCGUGCAUUUCGCCGACACGCUGCUACCAACGUGUAUAUCGGGCGAUGUUGCCGUUGUCGACCUUAUGGCUCCUCCAGCUCCUCGUUCCGACACAGAAAUGACGCUAAUGCCCGAUAGAGAGGAUUUAGACGUCGCCGCUCUUGCAAGAUCGGUGAACGAGGACCGAGCAAAAGAUGCCGAAAACAUUGGAGAAUCUCGACCUGACGUCAUACCGACUGACGCCGAUUAUCGUCAAUCCUGGCGCCGAAUCAUCCUUCUGAUUCUCGCCGUCACCGUUCACAACAUUCCCGAAGGUCUCGCCGUUGGCGUCGGAUUCGGUUCAGCCGGAAAAACCGCGUCGGCCACGUUUGAAUCUGCCUUCAACCUCGCCAUUGGAAUCGGACUUCAGAAUUUCCCUGAAGGUCUUGCUGUGUCGCUGCCGCUCGCCGCAUUCGGCCACAGUAAACUCAAAGCAUUCUGGUAUGGCCAAUUGUCGGGAAUGGUGGAGCCGAUUGCGGCUCUGUUUGGCGCUGCUGCUGUCAUCUUCAUGGAGCCGAUUCUUCCGUACGCGUUGGCCUUUGCGGCAGGCGCGAUGAUCUACGUUGUCGUUGAUGACAUCAUACCGGAAGCGCAACGUAACGGAAACGGAAAAUUGGCUUCGAUUGGAUGUAUCGUCGGAUUCUUAGUAAUGAUGUGUAUGGAUAUGCUCACGUCAAGAAUUUUGAGAUUUCCUCGAAAACCGUUUGUUGAUUUUGAUUAUGCUAGACAUAUGCCGGAUGCUUAUGUGGAAAGAAUGAAACGGACGGUUCCUAGAAAGGUUUAUGGUAACAGAUUUGGAGCUCCCGAUCUCAAACAAAUGUAUCUGCAUCCUGAUGACUAUGUGCCGGGAUUCAGAAGACCAUGGGAAGACCGAGAACUUUCGAAGAAUAUUGAAAGAUCCGACAAAUACUUUGGAACGCAAUUGUCUGGAAAAUUCUUCAAGAAGAGAUUCGCGCCGUCGAAACGAAUGAAGGAUAUUGAUUGGACGUUUUUUCCGGGAGAUUUGGUGCAGGUGAUGGUCGGAAAAGACAAAGGCCGCCAAGGAAUUGUGAUGCAGGUUUCGAGGGAUACUAGCGAGGUUCUUGUUGACGGAUUACACACGAAAUUGGGCGAAGAUAUGGAAGGAAGCGAGAAACUUGGCGUCGACAAGACCCUUCGAUGGCAGGAACAGCCAUUGUCGGUCGAGAAGGGACAUGUGAUGCUAGUGGAUCCGAAUGAUGAGCAGCCGUGCUCGGCAAGAUGGCAAUUGAACGCACAAGGUGAUGAAUAUAUUAGGAUCUCCAAUCGAAGUGGAUUCGAGAUUCCGAUUCCAUCGCAAGCAAAAGUGACUUAUGAGUAUUUGCAGCCGGAGAAUUAUAUUGAAGUCGAAGGGAAAGACACAACGGCUGAUGAGGUCCUGGAACGAACAUAUGUGCCAAAAGUGAUGAGUUUCGAGCAGGAGAUCAUGAACGAGAUGGGAAUUGAAGAGAACCGAAAACCGGCUCCGACCUACUGGUACUGA